AGCAGAGGGCCGCUAACGACAUCGUUCCUUUACAGAUGACACGCGGGCCUAACUCGAUAAUGGUUCGCUUACGGUUCGUUAUGUCAUUUGACAAUGUUCGAUAAAGGCAGAUCGUUAACGCACAUGGAUAAUUUUGGCGUUAAUCGCACAACAUAAGUUGAUGUGACGGAACUCGGCGAACUGAAAACCAUCUGCUAUGAGUACUGACACAGAGCGAGUCAUAAUGGUGGCUUUAGGAUUAGUCGCCCACUGUAGUCUUGUUUUUGUGCCCAUAAUCGGAGAAUUCCAUCCCACCGUAGGCUCUGUCGCUUUCGCCUACGCAGCCCUCGUGAUUACGUCCAAGUACGACAUUUGCCCGGCGUCAUGGAGGAUAGAGCAUCCAAAUAUCAGUCGUCUAAUUGAGUUCCUCGUGCAUGUGGGAGUACUGAACUUCGCAAUUACUACGAUCUGGCUACCGCUUGUGAUGUUCCUGACGGCAAGAGCAGACAUUAUUGCAAUCCUGGCAUGCACAGUGGACUCAGUAUUGCGGCUGGGCGGCGCCGCUAUCAGCUGGGCGGAGAGUUCGGAGGCGCCCCGCCAGGUGGCAGCACUGCUCGCACUGGGCGCCGCUGCCUGCGCCGUCUACGUCACCGACUUCUGCUCCACCGUCCGUAAUGUCUUAGCUCGAUGCUGCUUGAAAGGCAGAAGACGUGUGAGAAUAGUGGACUGCCAGCAGAAAAACGAACUCGAACUCUCCCUGAAGUCAAUGCGAAGAACCUGUAUAAGAAAAUGAAAUAUAUUUCCUGAAAGCACAAUGUCAUAUUAGUAAUCUGUGUAAAAUUGCUUUGGAUAAUACACUGCAGUAGUUCUCGCCUUCUUCAGCCACAGAAA